AUGGAGUAUGACUUUGGAAAAAACAAGAAGGAGCAUCCUGAUCCUGUAAAAGCAGAAGUCAAAGGCUCUCUUCCUGAAUGGCUGCAAGGCACCCUUGUGCGAAAUGGCCCAGGUCUCUUCUCAGUCGGAGAGACUUCUUAUAGUCACUGGUUUGAUGGAAUGGCACUCUUGCACAAUUUCACAAUCAAACAUGGAGAGGUUACAUACAGAAGUAAAUAUCUCAGAAGUGACACGUACAACAGCAACAUGGAAGCCAACAGAAUCGUAGUUUCAGAAAUGGGGACCAUGGCAUAUCCACAUCCAUCCAAAAACAUGCUCACCAAGGUGAUCACCUUUCUCAAUCACACUGUUCCAGAUUUCACAGACAAUUGUGCUGGUAACAUAAUAAAAUACGGAAAUGAUUACUAUGCUACAUCUGAAACCAAUUAUAUUCGCAAAAUUGAUCCAGUGACCUUGGAAACUCAAAACAAGGUGGACUAUAAGAGAUACAUUGCUGUAAACCUUGUUCUAUCUCACCCACACUAUGAUAAAGAAGGAAACAGCUACAACAUGGGAACAUCAAUUGCAGACAAGGGCAAGACUAAAUUUGUGAUAUUUAAAGUUCCUUCCUUGCAACAAGGCAAAAUUCAAGGUACUUAUUGGACUCCAGCCUUGAAGAAUGUUGAGAUCAUAGCCACAGUUCCUUGCUGCUCCCUCCUCACCCCGAAUUAUUAUCAUAGCUUUGGCAUGACAGACAACUAUUUCGUAUUUAUUGAACAACCCUUAAAGCUGGACAUUGUCAAAAUGGCCACUGCUUACAUGAGGGGGGUGAGCUGGGCUAGCUGCAUGAAAUUCCAGACUGAGGAACAGGCCCUAAUUCACCUCAUUGACCGACACACAAAGAAAGAAGUUGACGUGAAAUACUACACAGACACAAUGGUGGUAUACCAUCACGUCAACGCUUUUGAAGAGGAUGGACAUGUGAUAGUUGAUGUGAUUGCUUAUGAUGAUAACAGCCUAUAUGACACAUUCUACCUGGACAAGCUGAAAGAACAACCUGCAAGCAGUACUACUAUCAUGCCAAAGUACAAACGGUUUGUGCUGCCAAUUAAUGACAAGUGUGCUGAAAAAGGAGAAAACCUGAUCAAGUUGAAAUACACAACAGCGACUGCUGUGAAAGAAAAAGAAGGAAAGCUAUUCUGCCAGCCAGAGGUUAUUAGUGAAGGUAUUGAAGUUCCCAGAAUCAAUUACAACUACAAUGGACAGAAGCACAGAUAUGCAUAUAUGACCAAGGCGAGGACUGUAUUCACGACAAAGAUUAUCAAGUUGGAUGUUGAAACAAAGCUGCAGGUUGAAUGGAGUGCAGAGAACUGCAGGCUUACUGAGCCUGUGUUUGUUCCCCGACCUAGUGCAAGUGAAGAGGAUGAUGGUGUAGUCCUCAUGUCAGUCAUAAAUGGUAAUCCUGGUGAGUCUGACUUCCUUCUAGUACUUGAUGGGAAGUCAUUCCAAGAAAUAGCACGGGCUAGCGUGAACGUAGAGCUACAUAUAGACAUGCAUGGCUUCUUUAUACCACAACAAGAUCUGGAACAUCCACCUGCUGAUGGCACAGCUAAAGAAUCUUCAACUGACUGUUGA